CCAGCUUUUAUAUAUAUAUAUAUAUAUAUAGUUAAUGUAUAUAUAUAUAUAUAUAUAUAUAUACAUUAACUGAAAUACCAACCACAGACUUUUGCUGAAAUGCCAAAUCAAGGAGACGAGGCCGCCGACGAUUCCCCCGCUGACCUUCCCAGUCUGGAAAACCUGGACUCUCCCACAGGGAGUCCACCCACCGCCUCAUUAUCCAGCAUGAUGGAGCUGGAAAACUGUCUGUCCAACCUGAACCUCGCCCAUGAGAUAGUGCUGAACCGAGACUUCUGCUUCAAACCCAGGAGGCCUCCGACUGACAGCCUGGAGGGCAGAGUGAAGGAGAUCGUUCAUCGGGCGUUCUGGGACGGUCUUCAGGAGCAGCUGAGCAGCGAUCCUCCAAACUACAACCACGCUGUCAUUCUGCUCCAGGAAGUCAAAACUAUGCUUCAGUCCCUGCUGCUGCCCGGUCACGUCCGACUGAGAGCCCAGCUGGACGAGGUGCUGGACAUGGAGCUGAUCCAGCAGGAGGUCGACCACGGGGCUCUGGAUCUCCACAGACUGGCGGGUUACAUCAUCAACACCAUGGCGUCUUUAUGUGCUCCUGUACGCGACCCAGAGGUCAGGGCCCUGAGGGACCUCAGAGACCCCGUGGAGCUCCUGAGGGAGAUCUUCCGCGUCCUGGGCCUGAUGAAGACCGACAUGGUCAACUUCACCAUCCAGAGCCUGAGGCCUCACCUCCUGCAGCAGGCCGCCCAGUACGAGAGGGCCAAGUUCCAGCAGAUCCUGGACCAGCAGCCGGCUUCUCUGGACGACACCACCGCUUGGCUUCAGGCAGCAGUGUCAGAAGAGGCCGCGUCCAUCAGAGCUCGUUCUGAGUCUCCUGGUUCUGACGGCCGAGGCCCCGUCAGCGCCACCGCCGUCCUGGACCGGGCCUACAUGCGUCUGCUGUACUGGGACCCGCAAGAGCAGAAAUAUCCCGAGACCGUCCUGAUGGACCGAGCCCGCCUGGAUUCUCUGGCCCAGCGGCUCCAGAUGCUGGUCCUGGAGGCGUCGGUGCUGCUGCUGACCAACGCUCAGUGCGGGGACGCCGUUUUCUCCCUGCAGGGGUUUGUAGGUAGACUCAGGCAGUCCGUCACUGCCCUGCUGGAGGGCAGUCACACCAGGGAAGCUGACCUGAAGGGGGCGCUGCUGGGGCUCGGGGAGACGGUGCUGCAGCUGGUGACCGAAGCUGUGAGCGGCCAGGGAGGAGCAGCACUGCCUCGGGAGAGCCAGGAUCUGCUGAAAGGACAAAUAUCUGAGCUGUGGAAGCACAACAACCCGGUCCGCACACUCAUAGGAGAAAGAGUACAGGGCUUCCUCGGGGCCAUGCUGCAGGGCGGCCUCGCUAAAAGGAGUCCAGAGCUGCCCGCUCCCCUCGGGCUGGUGAGCUCCGAGCUCGCCGAGCUGGGGACGGCCUUCGGGCGAAUCGUCCACUUCAACCGAAACGUCUUCGGUCCGUUCUACGCGCCCAUCCUCAGGAAGCUGCUGUUCCCACCAGGAGAGGCUGAGACCGGGGAGGACUCACGCUAGGCCGGGGGCGAC